CUAAAUUAUCCGGACAUGUAUUCGGACUCGAGGGGUUUCGACUGUGCUUCAAGCGGCAACGCGGCACGAUGAACAAACUCACUAACGUGGAGUCGCAGCGGGUGAUGUCGGUGCUGGGAGACAUGCUUGACCGGCUCAACUACUUGACGUACGUUCCUCUCAAACGGGACUACCACUUGAUCGGUCGCCUGCAUGAAAACGGGGUGUCCAUGGUCGGCGACCAAGUCGAGCAGCUCUGGCAGCUUGACGACGGACUCGAGAACAUGGAUGAGCCCGGAGCGCGGCGAGACGAUAUGCUUGCCAAGAUCAAGUUGACAGUGCGCAGUAUAUGUCGCCACAUGAGGGAGAACCCGGUGGUGGUCACAACGUUCUUUGGCACAGCGUCGUCUACUCCAGUGGAUGUGGGCGACGAAAUGAUGGCGCUGAUCAAGUUUCUGUCAGAGCUGACGGACUUGAUGUAUUCACAACUAAGUAAGACCGUGGAGGACGAGACGUCAAAACGGGACAUGAUGGAAAAUAUAUUCAACCGCCGGAAACAGGCCGAGGACGAUUUGGUUGAGCUACGCGACAAGCUCAAUGACAUGCGGAAAACCAAAGAAGACGACAUUUCGCACUUGGACAUUCAACUGCAGAAGCUCAAAGGCGAGUUGGCCACCAUCAAUAAGACGACGGCAAAUGAGCUGCAGUUGAUCCAAACCCAGGUCAAAGAAACGCUGGAAAAAGCAUAUGAGCAGCAAAGCAUCGAAAUGCAGGCACUUCAGGAAACGCAUACCCAGCAUGAGCAGCUGCUGCAGAAAAACACGACAGAGCAUCGUGACAUCGAGGACGCUUUGCGCAAAGCCAAGUGCAAAAUCGCGAUUGAAGUCGCGUCAACGGUUGAACGGUACGAUCAAGACAUGCUCGCCGUCACGGCCGAGAUCGACGCGCUGCAAGAUAAGUAUGCGGCAGAGCUCAAGGAAUUCCAAGCGCUCUCAGACCACUUUGUCAAGAUCGAUGAAGAGCAAUUACGGAUUGAAGAAGAAGAGCGAAUUCUCGAGGCGAUUCGCGAAGAAGAGCGUCGAGAGAUUCAGAAACUCCACGACGCGGCCAUCCGAAUCCAAAGUGUGUGGCGCGGGUAUGUCGUACGCAGGGAAUUCGCAGCGAAAAAGAAAAAGGGAGGUAAAAAGGGCAAGAAGAAAUAGAUCGAAAUUCAACGAUUGGUGGAUUCAAAAAUUGAUUUUCGGCAAACUUGCAAGUCGAA